AUGUUGAAUAACUGUCAACUAAACAACUUUCAAAUCACAAAGCAAAUCGGGUCCGGAGCAUACGGCGUUGUGUUCCACGCUAUUGACCUAGUAACCGAAAAUGAAUACGCUAUCAAGGCUAUCAUGAAGUCCUCCGAUGACCCAUUGCGUCCCAAAGCUUCCAUGGGAGGUUCUUCUUCUUCUUUGAAGAAGAGUGCUGUGUUGCAAACACAGCUUUACCACUACUUCAAGUCGUUCCAAAAUAAGCUGUUUUUACCAACGGUCGACUUGGACUCUGUGUUGGCAAUAACUGAGGAACAGUUGUGCCAUGCUCCACAUUAUAGGGAAAUCCAACUGCAGUUGAGGUGUCAUAUGCACGAAAACGUUGUGACUAUUCACCAGAUUUUGGAGUCUUCUCUAGCGACGUUCGUUGUCAUGGACUAUUACCCAAUGGACUUGUUCACAUCAAUUGUCGAAAAUCAACAUUUCUCAAAUGAUGGACUCCUUAUCAAAAAGGCUUUCUUGCAAUUAUGUUCCGUUAUCCAUCACUGCCAUACAGUCGGUGUUUACCAUUGCGACAUUAAGCCAGAAAAUAUUCUAUUGGACGCUAACGAUAACGUAAAGUUGUGUGACUUCGGUUUGGCUACCACAGCCCCAUACAUUAACGCCAACGUUUGUGUCGGCUCUUCUUAUUAUAUGGCUCCAGAAAGAGUAUCGUGCCCAUCUUCUAUCCUUCACUCGGCAGAAACCCAAAAUAACGAAGGACACCAGAUGUUCCCCACAGCUAGUGGUGAUGUGUGGUCAUUGGGUAUCAUCCUAAUAAACCUAACGUGCAUAAGAAACCCAUGGCUCAAAGCUCACCAAAAACACGACAACACUUUCAAGUAUUUCAUCAAUGAUGCAAGGGUAUUAACGAAAAUAUUGCCUCUUUCUGAAGAUUUAUUCAACAUCUUAAACUCGAUCCUUCAGGUGGAUCCAACUAAGAGAACGGAUCUUAUCUCACUUAUAAAGGCAGUUUCAAAAUGUGAGCAUUUUACCACAUCGGGACCAUUGUCUGUCGUACCAUCUUUGACCCCUAGACAGUUAAAUCAUUUUAUCUGUGGGGAUUACAGUAUGAAGAUCAAAAAUAUGGUUAGCAAAUUCGAUUCUUUGAACGCAGAUCUUGAGGAAGAUCUUUCUGAGUCUUCUGAUGAACUAUAUAGAGAUUACGACAUCGGAAUCAAUACUAAUUUUCCAGGUUAUUCAAGUGAAGAAGAUCUGGAACUAAUGCAGGAAAAGAGCAAUACUAAACAGACCCCUUUCCCUAAUACAACAAUUACACCAGACGGAUAUUUAAGCCAAGAGAGCCCAUCUAAGUUGUGGUUGACCAUGCAAUAUUCACAGUUCAACCUUUCUACUAAUGAUUCUCAAAAUACACUGGCAAAUUCCACUCUGGAAAGCUGGCUCCCUCGCUACUAG